AUGAAAUCAAAUGAAGUUACCUGCACCGGUCGGUCCUUCAGGAAUAUAAACUGCCGGGCAAGUUAUGCUACGCUGCUACAUCCUCCGGCUGUGAACAUUGAGGACGAGGACGUCGCUCACACUCUACAUCAACAGCGGGCAGCGUCGACAGCGGACAUCGUCUUUCUCACAUGGACCAUGGUCAACAUCGCCCACGUCGAUUCCAACAAAGCACCCCUCCUCACCAUGCAAGAUGACCUAGGGAUUGUCUACCUAAUCGACUCGGCUCAACAGUUUUGGGCUGAGCUUGAAGACGUCUUGCAACUCCCCCAAGACGAGGCACCGACACUAUCGCUUCUGGAUGCUACUCUGAGGCGCUUUAUGGGACUCUGUUCGACGUACCACGAACAGUACCUGCAAAGCCCUCUACAGUUGGAACAUGCCUGCACCCUUCUACUUGACUCUGAGCUCUUCCAGUUCCACUCGGAGAGGAUGUGCGAGAUCAUAGUCGACGAUGCUCAGACGACCACGGACCCUCACACUGUUUACAUCUUCUACGAGGUUCUUUUCUACCACGGUCACCGUCGAGCGGAUGUCUUUCGAUCGCACAAACGCUGGCAGCCUCUGUUACCGCUGCUCAUGGACCAUGUUCUAGUAGAGAUGGAUCCUGACGUUGAGGACACCUACGUCGGGACGGCAGUUGGACGAAGCACGAGCUUAAGCUCGGUCCCGAUCCCUAUUGAGGCGAAGCUCAGGAGCCUAUGCGUCAAGCUACUUUAUGAGGUUUGCAAGGUUCAGACGCUGACAGGCCAAGACCUAAAGAUCUUCGACGAUAAUUUUAUUGACUACCUCUUCGAUUUGGUCGAGCAGACCAAGUAUAUGCAAGAUGAGACGUUUAAUUACUCUGUUAUCAAGCUAAUCAUAGCCUUGAAUGAACAAUUCAUGGUUGUAGGUCUGGGAGAUGAAGAUCCGAAUGGGCAGGUCAAGAAAGGAGGACCGGAGCACAAGAAUCGUGUUCUUCGUGUUCUCAUGAGGCGUCUUGGAUCGUCUAAGACCUUCGGAGAGAAUAUGAUAUUUAUGUUAAAUCGGGCUCAACGAACCCCGGAAGAUUUCUGCAUGAAGUUGCUCAUCCUUAAGAUACUUUAUGUUCUCUUUUCGACAAAAGGAACGUCUGAAUACUUCUACACCAACGACCUAUGUGUUUUGGUCGACGUUUUCCUGAGAGAGCUUUCGGAUCUGGACGAUGACAGUGAAUCGCUCCGUCAUACUUACCUCCGUGUCCUUCAUCCGUUAUUGACAAGAACCCAACUUCGCAAUACGCCAUACAAGCGACCUCAAAUCCUGUUGACCCUCGAGUCCAUGACUAGCAACACUAAGAUUCGCGAAGUGACGCCGACAACAAAGCGUCUGGUUGAUCGUUGCCUAACUGGAGAAUGGUGUGUCCAACUCAUGGAGCUUCGAAAGUCAGAACCGCCGCGAGUGGGAAGCCCGGGCAGUGAUGUGUCUAGCAUCCUCAGCCCUCCUGGUAACAUCGGCUCGCUGGCAAUGGCUGCUUCGAAACAUCUGGAGGUCUCGGGUGGCAACAGCCUUAUGAAGUCAAUGAAGUUUAGCAAGAGUGUCGAACACCUCUCGUUGCGCCCAGAGCAUCAGAAACAACCUCUCCGGUCUCCCCUGGAUCAAGUACGUCGGCCAAGUAAUGCAAGCAUGACGAGCCUACCUAGCACAUCGUCGAAGAAUGUUGUUGCUCCCGCGAACAAGAAGCGGAGUACGAGCGCUGCACCUGAAACCUCUCAUACUGCUCUUCGACAUAAUUCGCUGCCUCCAGAUCCAGAGCACCAUCACCAUCAUCAUCACCAUUCGCAUUCACCCUCUCCCAUUCCGACUCCAAGUGAUCACAGCCGACCUCCAUCUUCUACAUCGUCGACGUCACCUCCUUCCUCAGCUAAGUCGGAAGGUUUCCCUUCGACUGCACAGCCUCGACGUAAACCCCCUCCGCCCCCUGCGCCUUCAAAACGCCGUAAACCACCAGCGAUUCCUAUUGGACGGACGAAUGGCGGCGCGAUCAUAACCUCUAUCAAGUCCUCUGAGCCGAGUCCUCUAUCCAAAGCUCACAAACCCCCAAUCGGACUUCAGCAGGCAUCAUAA